AAUAUUAAUAUCAGGAACAUAAUCUGCAUGAGUAGCACCACUGAGGUUUUUUUUUCUUUUGCAUAUUUCAAGGAGUCUUACCUGUAACCUGCGGGACCAAAAUGGGAAUCAUGGAUCUUGAAAAGCUAAAAAGAGAUAAGAUGUGUAUUAAGUGUGAUGGCAGCUGGUAUACCGCAUCUGGCUUUGAGAAGUUUGCAGGAAAAGGCUCAAAUAAAAAAUGGAAAGUCUCCAUAUUGCAUGAAGGGAAACCUCUGCAAUUUUGGUUUAAGACUGGUCUACUGUACAAGCAGGGAUACACAAAGAAAAGAAAAAAUCCAGUGAAAAAGUCCAUCCUGGAAUCAAAAACCAAGUUAUGGAAAUUGGAGAAAGGUUUCGAAAAACCUAACAGGACAUAUGUUCCCAAAAAAGAGUCGGAAGAAGAGUCUGCGGAUGAAUUUCUAACAAGAGUUAGAGACUUGAUCAGUUCUAGGGAGACUUCGGAGGAAGGCACAUCUGAUGAAGAGGCAGAAAAUGUCAGCAAGUCAAAUGGAGAUGAGCGGAACUGUCACGAUACCCGAUUCAUGGACUCCGAUGACAGUGAGACCACAGACGACGAGAAGACUGGUAAAGAACUCGACGUGAUAAAACCAGCUCUGAAAAUGAGGAGAAUUUGUUCAGAGUCUGACAAAUCUGAAGGAUCGAGUGCCUCUGAAAACGUAGACCCAAUAACGUCUCAAUACCUAUCUGAGACACCAAGUGAGUUCAGAAACCAAUAUCUGCAGUAA